CUGUUUCUGUUUCUGCGAUGUUAUCUAAGCGCAGAGCUCGCCGCGCUGCGCUCCUUAUCAGUGCUUUAUCAGUUUUUGUUUCGAAUAAUUCCGAGGCGAGCGAAGGAAGUCGACCGCAGCAGAGAGUCUCGGCUAAGAGGUCUCGUCUUGUCCCCGCUCCGGCACAAUAUCUUAUUUCAGUUGGCAGCGGACCGACCGACGAGCGAGAGAGUUUCUCGGCUGCUGAUACGAAUUCCAGUACGAGUCCCGGUUCCAGUUCCAAUCCCAAAGAUAAACAACUUUUGGCCCGGCGUCCCGGCAUCAACAAACAUCAGCUGUGCUGCGUCGUCAUCGCAUCGCCGCUCGGUUUGGCUCGCUCGGUAUCUGUAUCGGUUGUAUCUGUAUCUCACAGCGGCGCACGAAAAUUUCAUUACUCACUGCCGCACUCAGCCGGUCGUCCGAGUCUCAGUUUGCUGUGAAACGCGGAGCAGGCAGCAACCACGAGCGGUACGCGGUAUUCCAAAUUGACAGCGGUUCGAGGGAUUAAGAGCUACAAUACGAUACCGCACGUUCGUCAUAACGAGAAUUUGAAUAAUUGUAUUACAGUGAGUGAGUCCAAGAAAAUUCCCACGGGAAGUGACAACAAAAUUGCCGCUUAAGUACGGCCCAAACCGAAAGCUGAAACAUGUGCAAGUGAGAAAGUGAAGGAGCCACCGGUAAACCUGGAUUAUUUGCCAAGUGGAUUACUAUACACAUAUAGGAAAACAAUGCUUAGCAGCAAUAGAGGUGAUUGUUCCGAUACCACAGAAGAGAUGACCGUCGACAGCGGAGAUUCCAAAGAUCUGAACGCUCAGGAAAUGGGCGAGCAGAAGCAGCAGCAAAUGGAGGACCACCUGGAGGAUCAGUUGGACAAUUCCAGAGACCCCCAGAACAACAAUAACAAUAUAGAAGACGACGAUGAUGAAGAUGCUGACUUUGAGCAGCCAGAAAAUGCUAAUCGCCAAGAGGAGCAGGAUUUGGGAGAGACAGAGAUGGAGCAGGACCAUGAUCUUCAGCCGGAGGAACAGCAGGAACUGCCGGCAAACAGCCCAAGCACUCCGCCCAGGAGUCCCAGCUCUCCCCAUCUGAUUCCCAAGCUGGAGCAGCCCGCCACGCCGCCCUCGGAGGCGGAAGCCUCUCCAUGCCCCUCACCCUCACCCUCGCCAUGUCCCACGCCCAAGUAUCCCAAAGUGCGUUUGAAUGCGCUUCUGGCCUCAGAUCCUGCCCUUAAGCCAGAUGCCAAGGAGCUGACCCUGCCGGACUCUCGCCUCCUGGCUCCUCCGCCGCUCGUCAAGCCGGACACACAAGCCCAACCGGAUGUAGCGGAACCUCUGCUGAAACCAGCCAGAUUUAUGUGCCUGCCCUGUGGGAUUGCAUUCAGUUCGCCCUCAACUCUGGAGGCCCAUCAAGCCUACUAUUGCUCUCAUAGAAUUAAGGACACGGACGAGGCUGGCAGUGAUAAGUCAGGGGCAGGAGGAUCGGCGGCCGCAGCUGGCGAGGCAGCAGGUUUAGCCGGGGGCUCCGAGCCACCAGCCAAAAUGGCCAGGACCGGAAAGCAAUAUGGCUGCACCCAGUGCUCCUACAGCGCGGAUAAGAAGGUAUCCCUAAAUCGCCACAUGCGCAUGCACCAGACUUCGCCGGCAGCUCCCACGCUGGCCAGCUUGCCAAGUCUCCUCCAGAACGGAAUAGCACCUCCGGGAGUCACGCCCAAUCCGAUGGAGGAUAGCUCUAGUCAACAAACCGAUCGCUACUGCAGCCACUGUGAUAUCCGGUUCAACAACAUCAAGACCUAUCGAGCGCACAAACAGCACUACUGCAGUUCGCGGCGACCAGAGGGACAGCUCACGCCCAAGCCAGACUCAUCUCCGGGAGCAGGAACCGGACCCGGCUCCACCGGCGGAUCCAUAGGGGUAUCUGCCCAAGCGGCUACGCCCGGCAAGCUGAGUCCGCAGGCCAGGAACAAAACCCCUACUCCUGCGAUGGUCGCCGUCGCAGCUGCAGCAGCGGCUGCCGCUGCCUCCCUCCAGGCCACGCCUCAUUCGCAUCCACCUUUCCUGGCCCUGCCCACCCACCCGAUCAUAAUUGUGCCCUGCUCGCUGAUCCGAGCAGCUAGCUUCAUUCCAGGCCCACUGCCUACACCGAACUCGGGGAUUGUGAAUCCGGAGACCACCUGCUUCACCGUGGACAACGGAACAAUUAAACCACUGGCAACUGCCCUAAUUGGCGCCUCCUUGGAGCCCGAACGCCCUUCAGCUCCAUCAUCCGCUGCUGAGGCCACAGAAGCCAAGAGCAGUCCGCCAGAGCCCAAGCGAAAAGAGGCUGGGUUAACUAGGGAAUCUGCGCCUCUCGAUCUCUCGCUGCGUCGAUCGCCAAUCACCCUGAAUUCGCUGAGCUUGCGGCAGCGACAACUGCGAAAUGCCCUCUUGGAUGUGGAGGAGGUACUCCUUGCCGGCGCGGGAACUGGCAAGGAGAAUGCUGAGACUCCGAGAGGAGGAGGAAGUGUGACUCCCGAGCAGAUCGUUUGCGCUCCCUCCCUGCCGAGCAGUCCCUCGAUGAGCCCCUCUCCCAAAAGACGAGCCAUCAGUCCACGCAGCUCCGGGGCUGGUAGUGCCUCCUCUAUGUCACCACCUGGUCUCAAUGUGGCUGUGCCCCAUCUGCUCGACAUGCGUUCCAUGCUACCUGCGGACUUUGGACUCUCCGAGUCGCUGUUGGCCAAAACCAACCCCGAACUGGCUCUUAAACUGGCGGCGGCAGCGGCCGCAGCUGCUGUGGCGGGCAGUAGUGGAGCAGCAGCCUUUCCGCCCUCUCCUCUUCCUGCCCAAGCCAGUAGUGGGAAUCCUGGCAGUGGAGGAUCGGCAGGUGGCUCCCAGCAGCCCCAGAUCUAUGUGAAAAAAGGCGUGUCCAAGUGCAUGGAGUGCAAUAUUGUGUUCUGCAAGUACGAGAACUACUUGGCACACAAGCAGCAUUAUUGCUCGGCAAGGAGCCAAGAGGGUGCGAGUGAAGUGGAUGUCAAGUCGGCCGUUUCACCAUCCAUCGCUGGAGCUGUAGGACUGGGAACCGGAGGGGCAGAAGCUGCUUCGUCCGUGGAAACCACUCCGGUAGCAUAUCAACAAUUGAUCUGCGCCGCCUGCGGAAUUAAGUACACUUCCCUGGACAACCUGCGCGCCCACCAGAACUACUACUGUCCCAAGGGAGGCGCAGCUGCUGCCCCCGCCGCGACGCCCACGGAUCCUGGCCAGCUGGCGUUGGCCAAGGAGAAGUGCGGAAAGUGCAAGACAUUGCAUGAAAUUGGCCUGCCUUGUCCACCUCCCGUCGCGAGUGCCCUCGCAGGACCACCAGCCAAUCCGCAACCCGCCUCCAAUAGUCUGAACAAGUGUCCCGUUUGCGGGGUAGUGAGUCCCACCGCGGCACUGGCCAAGAAACACAUGGAGAUGCACGGAACAGUAAAGGCCUACCGCUGCAGCAUCUGCCAGUACAAGGGGAACACUCUACGAGGCAUGCGCACCCACAUUCGAACCCAUUUCGACAAGAAGACCAGCGACGUGAACGAGGAGCUUUACAUGACCUGCAUCUUUGAGGAGGAUGCUACCGCGAUGAGUCAGGAGCUGGUGCCUUCAACAGGGGCAUCUGCCACAACUGGACACGAUUCCAUGGAUCAUCCCCCGCAGAUUUUCAACUGUGAUUACUGCAACUAUGUUUCCACCUACAAGGGCAAUGUUCUGCGCCACAUGAAGCUGACGCAUGCCCAUGUGGCCAUCAACUCACCCUCCAUAUCCCCCGACACCAGAGAUCAGGAUGUGACUUCCAACCCCGCUCCCAACCAACACUCGAAUUCCGAUGGAGCCAACGGAGAGACAGCCAGCUUCCACAUUAAAUCGGAGCCCCUGGAUCCUCCUCCGACUGUGAAUCUGGUGCACGAGAACAACAACUCACCGAUCGCCACGCCACAUAUUAAGGCUGAGCCAAUCGAAGUCGGAACGGAUGCCGCGCCCGGCGGGCUGGUUCCGCCGAUGACUUCUCCGCUGGGAAACAGCAGCAGCAUGGCUGCCGCAGCAGCUGCCGCCGCCGAGGUGAUGAAGAAGUACUGCUCGACCUGUGACAUAUCCUUCAACUACGUGAAGACCUACCUGGCUCACAAGCAGUUCUACUGCAAAAACAAACCGAUUCGCCCUGAGGCUAGCGACAGCCCCAGUCCGAAUCACCUGGGCGGCGGCGUUGCCGUGGGCCUGGGCAUUGGCGGCCUGGUCGGUGGACAUGGCCAGCAGAAGAACAAGGAAAACCUGCAGGAGGCGGCCAUUUGAGAAAGCCAGCUGCGGUGGGAGGCGCAGCGCAAGCAGCUGGAGUGGUAUUACACAUGCUUCUAGGCAGCAGCCCAACCCAAUCGAAACUAAUCGAAUCCUAGCCUCCUUUAAAAUGUACACUAUCCAAACCGCCACAAACAAUCGACGACAGUAUUCCCGGAGAAUCUCCCGUCGCUGCCCUCCACUUCCAACGCCACUUGGGGACUGACUCCUUCGACUUACCGAUCGAUAGAAGUAGAUAUAUACACCGUACUCCCAUACAUAUACAGUGCACCUAAAGGAAUAACAUAUAGAUUACUUAGGUACAUACACUAAUUUAGGCGCAUACCCAUUAAGUGGGAAUCAUGACAUAUAAUGCAUGCCAAAGCUUACCACUUAGACAGAAAUUAAGUUGAGGGCAAGAAACUACAAGUUUGCAAUGGUCUGCUGAGUAGAAUGAGGCGGAGUAUUCCUAUGUAGAUCCAAUACUAUUAUGUAAAUGACUCGCUGUUCCACGUGAAGCGAUCAAUUCUAACUGUGUAAUUUGAAUGAGUACAUUAUUUAUUAAGUGUGUGCGACAAUAAAAGUAAUUAAUUUAUUCAACAUAAAA